UGUGUGCGCUCAGCUGUCCGCUCCAUCUGUCUGCUGUCGGCUCGAGUGCAGAGCGUCAGUGCUCUUUAACUCUGUGAGUCUGGCCGUGUGUUCAGUCUCCGUCUCUGUCUCCAUCUGUCUGUCUCAUGGCCUCCGAGCGCUCGUCCGCUGAGAGCUCUGACCCCACCAUCAUCAGCGGCACCGACGCCGCGGCCAACAGCAUGUGGGAGGAAAGCUUCGACACAGAGAAUCACGGCGUGAGCUCUAAAAGAGAUUACUCUCCCGUGUCCUGGAGCGAAUACUUUGAAAUGAUGGACGACGUGGUCAUCAUGUCAGGAGAGACUAAGGAUGUGUUUCGUGUGUAUAAAAGCGGUCAGGACGGUCCACUGCUGGUUCUGCUUCACGGAGGAGGACACUCGGCCCUGUCCUGGGCUGUUUUUACGGCAGCGAUGACCAGUCGGGUCACUUGUCGAGUUUUGGCCAUGGAUCUCAGGGGUCACGGUGCUACACAAGUCCGGCACGCCGAUGACCUUUCCACACAAACCAUGUCCAGAGAUGUAGCCAAUGUGGUUCGAGCAACAUACGGCGAGAUCCCGCCCCCCAUCAUCCUGGUGGGUCACAAUGUGGGCGGAGCCAUCGCGGUGCACGCGGCGGGUGGAGCACUGCUGCCCUCUGUGCUCGGGCUGGUGGCCAUCGACGUGGUGGAGGGCAGUGCGAUGGAGGUCUUGCACAGCAUGCAGAACUUCCUAAAAGGACGACCCAAAUCUUUCAAAUCCAUCGAUCACGCCAUUGAAUGGAGUGUAAAAAGUGGGCAGAUCAGAAACCUUGAAUCUGCUAAGGUGUCAAUGGUGGGACAAGUGAGACGGUAGGAUCUGAGCACACAUGCGCUCCUCACUCACACUGGUUUGCUCACUGACGAGCGUGUGUCUCUCAGGUGUGAGGUGGAGGAAGGAGAUUCGUCCGAGCCGGUGAGUCCGGUGACUGAGAGUGUGUACAGCUGGAGAAUCGACCUAUCUAAAGCAGAGAAAUACUGGGACGGCUGGUUCAGAGGGAUAUCCAACCUCUUCCUGUCCUGCAACGUCCCAAAACUCCUACUGCUGGCAGGCAUUGAUCGACUGGACAGAGACUUGACCAUUGGACAGAUGCAGGGCAAAUUCAUGAUGCAGGUGCUGCCCCCUUGUGGACACGCAGUGCAUGAGGACAUCCCAGAUAAAGUGGCAGAUGCUUUGGCAAGUUUUAUGAUCAGACACAAAUUUGCCGAAGCUCGCAGCGAAACUAAAAGUUCCUCGUACCCAUUCAUGCGGUGAACACACAAGAAUGAAGCAGUAGACACUGAGGAACCUCCACCAGAUCAAAACAUCCUUCACAUCCAGCAAAAACAUGCUACUUUGGCCAUGAAUCUGUUUCAACUGUCACUAUCCUGAGUUUAGAAUAAAGAUUUGAAUGUUCAUUAUU